GGGACAUAUAGGUGGCGUCUGCUGGUGAGAAAUACCUAGCACAGGUGAAAGGGUGGCGGUCAGAGGGAGUUCCCACCGGUUUAGUUCUUAAAGUCAUGAAGACUCAAGAAAAAUAACAAGGAGUGGCCUAUUGGAGUCUUUUGGACUUGCCCGCAGCUCCACCCUCGGCCAGAGGAAAAGCCCCUGGGGACCGAGGCGGGAGCAUCAGACAAGCGCGAGAAAAGCGCCUGUGCGCGCUCCACCUCUGCGCAGCGGGUGCGGGGCGGUGACCUGUCCCUUGAGCUGGCCAUGGCGGCUGCGGGAUCUAUGCGCUCCGGGAACCCUGCUUUCGGCCUGGGACACCUGUUGACCCUCGCGAUCCUUUCACUUGCCUGUGAUGCCUGUAAAGAAGUCAUCCUCCAGGUCCCCUCUGAACUACCUGCUGAGAAACUUGUUGGCAGAGUGAACCUGAUGGACUGCCUUAAGUCGGCAAAUAUAAUUCAUCUGAGUGAUCCUGACUUCCAAGUCUUAGAAGAUGGUUCUGUGUACACAACCAAUUCUGUUGUCUUGUCCUCGGGGCAAAGGAGCUUCACUAUAUGGCUUUUCAACACUGACAGCCAAGAAGAAAGGGAGAUAUCUGUCCAUUUAGAGGGCCCAGCAGAGGUACUAAAUAAAAGACUGCACACAGAGAAGGUUCUCAGCCGUGCCAAGAGAAGAUGGGCUCCUAUCCCUUGUUCCAUGCUAGAGAAUUCAUUGGGCCCCUUCCCACUUUUCCUUCAACAGAUCCAAUCUGACACAGCUCAAAACUACACCAUAUACUAUUCCAUCAGAGGUCCAGGAGUUGAUAAAGAACCUCUAAACUUAUUUUACGUGGAAAGAGAUACUGGAAAACUGUAUUGCACUGGUCGUGUAGAUCGUGAGCAAUAUGCGUCCUUUGAGCUGACAGCAUUUGCAACAACUCCAGAUGGUUAUACGCCAGAGUACCCACUGCCGCUCCUCAUUGUAGUAGAAGAUGAGAAUGAUAAUUACCCAAUCUUUACACAGGAAGUGUACAGCUUCACAGUUUUGGAAAGCAGUUCCAUUGGUUCUCACGUCGGGGAGGUCUGUGCAACAGACCAGGAUGAGCCGGACACAAUGCACACUCGGCUGAGGUACUCCAUCCUGCAGCAGUCACCUGCUCCACCCACGUUAUUUACUAUGCAUCCCAGCACUGGUGUGAUCACGACCACGUCGACUCAGCUGGACAGAGAGUUAAUUGACAAGUACCAGUUGAUAAUAAAAGUCCAGGAUAUGGAUGGCCAGUAUUUUGGCUUGCACACAACAGCAACCUGCAUCAUUACUAUUGGAGAUGUGAAUGACAACUUGCCAACAUUCACUCGCACUACAUAUGUGACAUCAGUGGAAGAAAAUACAGUUGAUGUGGAAAUCUUACGUCUUACUGUUCAGGAUAAAGAUUUAGUUAACUCACCUAAUUGGAGAGCUAAUUACACCAUUUUAAAGGGCAACGAAAAUGGAAAUUUUAAAAUCGUAACAGAUCCCAAAACCAAUGAAGGCAUUCUGUGCGUGAUUAAGCCUCUGGACUAUGAAGAACGACAACAGGUGAUCCUGCAAAUUGGUGUAGUUAAUGAAGCUCCAUUUACUAGAGAGGCUAGCUCAAAGUCACCCAUGAGCACAGCUACAGUGACUGUCACCGUGACAAAUCAGGAUGAGGGCCCUGAGUGUAUCCCUCCAACGCAAACUGUGAGGAUUCGAGAAAAUGUACCAGUUGGUACUAUAAACAGUGGGUAUAAGGCGUAUGACCCAGAGACCAGAAACAGCAAUGGCAUAAGGUACAGGAAGUUAAGUGACCCAAGAGGGUGGGUCACUGUUAAUGAAGACUCAGGAUCAAUCACCAUUUUCCGAACACUGGAUCGAGAGGCUGAGACCGUCAGAAAUGGCAUCUACAAUAUUACAAUCCUUGCAUUAGAUGCAGAUGGGAGAAGCUGUACUGGAACUCUGGGAAUCAUACUUGAAGAUGUGAAUGACAAUGGCCCAUUCAUACCCAAGCAGACAGUGGUGAUAUGCAAGGCUACCAUGUCCUCUGCUGAAAUUGUUGCAGUUGAUCCCGAUGAGCCAGUGAAUGGUCCACCAUUUGAUUUCAGUUUGGAGAGUUCUGAUUCGGAAGUACAGAGGAUGUGGAGGCUGACAAGAAUCAAUGAUACAGCAGCUCGUCUUUCCUAUCAGAAUGACCCUUCAUUUGGAUCCUAUGCAGUUCCCAUCCGAGUUACAGACAGGCUAGGUCUGUCCUCAGUCACAUCUUUGAAUGUCAUUGUAUGUGACUGCAUUACUGAAAGUGACUGCACACACCGCUCUGGAGAAAGGACUGGUUAUGCUGAUGUGAGACUUGGACCAUGGGCUAUCCUCGCUAUACUGUUGGGCAUAGCCUUGCUAUUCUGUAUCUUGUUUACAUUAGUCUGUAGUGUUUCCCGGGCAUCAAAACAACAGAAAAUUCUUCCUGAUGACUUAGCUCAGCAGAACCUAAUUGUGUCAAACACCGAGGCUCCUGGAGAUGACAAAGUCUAUUCCUCAAAUGGCUUCACAACUCAAACUGUGGGAGCUGCUGGGCAAACAGCUUUCACCACCGUGGGAACUGGUGUCAAAAGUGGAGGGCAAGAGACCAUUGAGAUGGUCAAAGGAGGACAGCAGACUUUGGACUCCCGCAGGGGCACUGGCUAUCAACACCAUACCCUGGAUCCUUGCAGGGGAGGACACGUGGAGGUGGACAACUACCGAUACGCUUAUUCUGAGUGGCACAAUUUCACUCAGCCCCGACUUGGUGAGAAGGUGCAGCUUUGCCAUGAGGAUGAUAAGCUGAAGCUUGCUCAAGACUAUGUCCUCACAUACAACUAUGAGGGAAGAGGCUCGGCUGCUGGCUCUGUGGGUUGCUGUAGUGACCUACAGGAAGAAGAUGGGCUUGAGUUUUUGGACCACCUGGAGCCUAAAUUUAGGACAUUAGCAGAAGUAUGUGCAAAGAGGUGAACCACUUCUAACAGAGUAACAAUAACUAGUGGACUCACCACCUUGUCCUCCCUGAUUUUAACCGUAAAACAGGAGUUUUCAAAAACAGAAGAUGUUAUAUUUGGGGCUCCCUCCCCCAUCUUGGUCUGCAGACUCUCCAUACAAAUGCACAUUUAAAAGACACUUUGUGUAUUAGUACUUGAAAACCAUUGUGCACAGGUUUCAAUUACUUGUCUUUUUACCAGGUGUCAUCUCAGUUGGAAACUUAAGGAAAUUUGCAUUACUGUUUACAUUGGGUAUGAUGACAGCAGCCAACUUACAGUGCAAUAAAGUUAAAUGAAUUUGAGUCUAUUUAUGGACUAUUGACUAUAUCCCAAUUGGAGAGUGUAGACACCAUUAUCUUCAGUUAAUGGAUUAACUGAUUGUUCAUAUGGUGCUUGGAAACAGUUGUUUUCCUAUACAUUAUAACUGUAUAUAUUGUGCCUUACUUUUGUUAUAGUCUUGUGACAUGGCCUGGCUUCAUAGUACAAAGGUAGACUGUCAGACAGCCAUUGAGUGAUCUACCUUCAAAGGUAGAUUGCCAGACAGCCAUUGAGUGUGUUUGAAGUUCUAAUCCAGUGGGCUUUGCUUCUAUUCUAUGUAAAACCCUGCACUGAAUCUCAAUCUCUUUUGUACUGACUUUGUCAGUUAAAUUUAGAUUUCAAAACUUCUUUAUAAAGUAUUCUGUUUUUCCUUCCAAAAGUUUUUGUCUGUGAAUACCAAAUGGUCUACACUGCCAUCCUCUCUUCAUUUAAAUUUUUUUUUUUGUUUUGUUUUCUCUCCUGUUUGACUUUGAAAGGUCUACUUGGGUUGAAUAACCCAAGAUAUUCCUAAAAGUUGUCUCUUCUCAUGAAAUAGUUGGUGUGUAUGCAUAUGCAUUGUUGGUUUUCUUAAGCUCAAUGUAAUAGCAACAUUAUUGUUUUGGAUUUUUUUGGUAAUUACUUCAUUUUUGUCCUUAGUAAAGAACUUUUAAUUUUUCCAAUGAAACUAUAGGACUCUUUCAUGAUCUUUCAGAAGCAAAGUUCUUUGUAACAAAAACACUAGUGUAGUUAGAAGUAGGUUGUGGCAACCUAAUGUUGACUGGCAUAGACACAAUUUCUGUCCUUCAUUCAAGGACACUGGAAGUGGGAAGUAGUGAUAGAGUUUAAACUAAGCUUCUCAGUAUAAUAAUGACGAACAAUCUCUAGGAUAAUGACUUCACUAAUGUUUUAGAUGAUAUGGCUAGUCACAAUUACAUGGUUGAAAAAUUAUUUUUAGAAACAGUUUGUAAUAAUAAUUAUUUUAUGAAAUAUAGAAAUGGGCCAAACAAUUUAAAAAUUUUUAGGAAUGUACACAUGAGCAAACUUCAUAGCCAGCGAAGUUCUAGAUCACAGGUCACCCUCCCUUCAGUCUGGGAACUCAGCACUUACCCUACAUGGAUGGAUAGUCUAGAAUGGAUAGUCUACAUGCAUGUGAUUGCUCACUGUGUGUCUAGCUUGAAUUCACCAACCUGGUUUAUAACAAUUGUUUCCAGAACAAACAUUGGGAAAAAAUUUUGAACAUCAACUAUGUAUGCAGUCGAGUCAUUAUUGUUCAGUCAAAAAUAUUUCUCAGAGUUAUUUUUAAUAAAUUAUGUACAAAAUGAUUGUGUGCUGGUGGUGAUGGUAAUGUGAAUCAAGCUACUUUAAGCAACUGGUGUGGGUUGGUUACUUGGGUCUGACGUGCAUGAAAGUGGUUUUAGUGGACCAUCUGGAUCCACAGAUACCUGCAGCAUUAUUAUCAGCACACUGGAUAUUAUUCCUGUGCUGUGGGCAUUAGCGAUUUUGCAUUUUCUCUAUUUUUAUCAUCUUAAGGUAGAAUAUACCUUUAGCAUUCUUACCCUACAUGUUUAAAAGACAAUUGAAUAAAAAAAAAUAAUGUG